GAAAGGAUCGUCGAUUAGGCAGCGUUGCCCAUUACUGCGGCGACCAUUCUGGCGAUAACAAACCUUGUUGAGGCAACAGGCCGCUACGAUGCUGCCCACAUGGCAGGUGAGCGUGUUUUCAGAAAUGAUACGUACAAUCGAGAGUUUUGACCACUACUAGCUGGCCAGGAAAGAGGUAUGGGCUUGGCACAGGAGCAGUGAGAUCUAAGUUUUCCGGUGCAUUGAACCUUCUGGCAAGACAACGACCGCUCCUGGGAGACUCACUCCACAGUGAACGACGCGUACGAUUGUUUUCGAAACCCAUGGAAGUAGUGGACCCUGCUCUUGUCUAUAUCGUCGUGAUUUAAUGGUUUGAUAGUGAACUUCACUGAAACCUGCAACCUUUGGUAUUUCCCAUAUCUAUCUAUAAUAGGGUUGCAAGCCAAUACGUGUAUUACUGCUUUUGAUUUGCAUAUGAAAGCAAAUUAUUAUUAUAUGAUCGUGGUGUAUUUAACUAAAGUUGUUCAUACUUUGCAGAUGCUGCUGCACGGUGCAACUAAAAAGUACUAGAAACUCUACAAUGGAAAUAAUAGUAUCUAUAGUCCGAUAGAACUUUUUUCUGGGAUUAUGCGAAAACCCAAUUGUUCGAAAGCCGUUUUGUAAGCCGCGUUCGCUUAUCUCAGCUGAGAGGGCCCUCAUUUUAGUAAUUAGAUCUCUCUAGUACCUAGAAGAAGGACCCUGUGUCUGUGAACGCAAUGAACUUUGUAAAAAAGGGGUUUCAGAGGACAAUAUAAAGCAAGACUUUGUGAAUGGAGUGUUCUUAAAAACAAAAUCACAUACAUAGUUGCAACAAUAAAUUAUUUUCAUUAGUAUAUCAAAGUUUCUACUAUACAAUUACAUUAGCGAGUUUUGCACACCAGAUUUAGGUCCUUAGGAUCUGACUGGAGCCACCACACACCGACAAAAUGGAGUACUGGAAUGGAGCUAUGUGUAUUAACCCCGCAGUAAACUUCUGGAAAUUAUAUUUAUGGUAAACGUCACUUUAUUAUUCGGAAUCAAGAAUGAAUUAUUGGCCUAAAUUCGAGUGUUUAUUAUCUACCUUUCGCCAAGCUCUACUCUAUUUCGGAGUCCUAGAUCGCUAUAUAUAUUCUAUAAGAUAGUUAUUGCAGAGAUAUUAAGUAAACAGUUAUGGCAAAAGUUGUAAGUUAAUAACCUGAAUACUUUUAUAUAGUCAGCUUUCGUAAAUAGUAAGAAUACAAUAAAUAUCAUAUAUUCAAUUUCGCGUAAUUGCUUCGCCUCAUGAAUUAAAAACAUAAUCGUGUAAGCUGAGAAGGAACCUACAUGUUCUGCCGUUUUUCAGAACCUUCUCUCACUUCCCGAUUACAACUUUCGUCACCGGUAAAAAGGUUGACAUUGAUCCGAUACAAGAUCAUUCAUUUAAUGUCCAUUUCAGGGCUUUUUGCCCUUUUGUCAAUAACAGAGAACCCAGCACCAGUGCAACUGGAGAAACUUGUCGCAAUAUGCCCACUAUAAGGGUUUUAAACAUUUCAAAUAAUCGUUCCAAAUGUAUACUUAGUGAAGAAUCUCUAUAACAUCACAUUCACAAAAAAAAAUUUUUAACUUCCCUUAUAUUAUUAGAUACAGCGUGCUAUACGUCUUUUUUAUACUCCUACACCUUGAACAAAAGUUGUAACACGAUUUUCGUCUACUCCGGGGUCAGCCAUUAGUGCCGCGUGUCGCUACCUCACAUCGAUCGAUUUUACAAUCGUGAAGAAUCAAAAAUCGAAGAUCACAGCCAUUUGCACACAGGAGCGGACUUGCAUGCCCACUGAAACAGAAUUGGACAGCCGUGUUCCGCUUCAUCUUUCAUUAAGAGCACCGCUCGUAAACAACGGAACCGCAAAUGCUACACACGGCCUAGGUUAUUCAUGUGUUUCGAAACCCUGUCACUUUGGUUAACAGCUGCGAGUGGUGUUAACGCUUUUCAAGUUCCCACCAGAGUGUUGACAGUUUGUUGUAAUGAAAUUCUUUGUUUUUAGUGUUUUGUUUUAAGCACGUGAGAGUAUUUCACUCAGAACAGAUAUCGUUUAAUCGAGGAAUUUGUUAAGUUCGUAAUGACUUUACUGGAUAUCCGGCUAAAAAGGGCCAAUAAAACAUACUUCGAGGAUGAGACGGUGAGCGGUCUCAUUGUUGUAGACAGUAACAGCGAAGUUAAACACGAUGGUCUGGUGAUCACAGUCGAAGGUGUCGUCAAGAUGGAAUUAUCGCCAAAAAGUGUUGGACUCCUUGAAGCUCUGGUGUCGUCAGUGAGGCCCAUCCCUCUAUCGUUUUGUACGAUCGACGUUCUCAAGCCUGGAAAACUGCCAGCAGGAUGUAACCGGUUCCCCUUUGAAUUUCCUCUUCGGUCAUUAAAGGCCAAUCGGCCGCUAUUUGAGACCUAUCACGGAGUGUUUAUCAAUAUUCAGUAUUUCAUCAAAGCGGAGCUACGUCGGAGUAAACUCUACUCAAAAACCAUCAUGCGUUCCCAAGAGCUUAUGCUCGAAUACAAGCUGGAGUCAGCAGAAAGGGCUAACAAUCGACCGGUAAAUAUUAACAUCUCGCCUGAAAGUCUACAGAACGUCUUCGACCGUUCCAAAGUUCCCUCGUUCUCGAUCCAUGGUCGAAUCGACUCAACACAGUGCAGAAUUACCCAUCCUCUAACCGGAGUCAUUUGCGUAGAACACUGCGAUACCAAGAUCCGAUCCAUCGAGCUGCAGCUGAUCCGCGUUGAAACCUGCGGAUGUGCAGAGGGCUACUCACGUGAUGCUACGGAAAUUCAGAAUGUCCAAAUUGGUGAAGGUGAUGUGUGUCGUGGGGUCAAUCUUCCUCUGCAUAUGGUUUUUCCUAGACUUUUCACCUGUCCCACGCUAGUGACGUCCAACUUUAAGAUCGAGUUCGAGGUCAACGUUGUGAUCGUCUUCGAGGACAACCACCUCAUCACAGAAAACUACCCAAUCAAGCUCACCCGCGCGUAGACCUCUUCUGUCAUACAUACCGAUUUUUUUUGUUGUAUAGACGGCCUAAUUAUUACCACUGAGUGUAACUACGAACUUCCCACGCACGUUACAGUUGACAGACACAAAACGUACUAUUAGAAACAUUUUCUGAAUGAAGAAUAGACAAAAACAGGUAAAAAAAAAAUAGUAUAUCUUCCUUUGGUAUAUAUAUGUAUAGUUCUCCAUGCCUGCAGGUACAGGUAGGCUACGGUUGCUGGCUUGCCUUUUAACGAGUAGCUUAGAAAGAAACCUUGGUCAGCCAGACACAACUUAGGAAACACCAUCGGUCAGCUGCUAAACAAAUUGUAUCGUGUACGGAUGAAAAACAACGCCCUGCCUUAAUCAAGGUAAAAGGUAUUUGCUUUGCUGAUAACCUUGAUGCUUCUGGCAACCCGAAUACAUAUUGUGCCUUGUGCAUAGAUAAUCUUUUAUUGGUUUUAGUAAAAUUGUGAUUUUGGCUAAAGUGACGCUGAUUGAAAAAAAAAAAACAAAAAGUUUAUUCAAGUUCACAUGGUGGAUACUUGGACGCGUGGAAAUGGAUCUGAAAAUGUGGAAUGGAACUAUAACGAGAUCAAAGAUUUCCGCUACUCGGAACGCGCAUAGUUUAGACAAUAAAUACGAGAGAUUCUUUUUGUUUUGACACAAAGGAUAGGAAUAAGAUUUACUUUGGAAGAGUCUUGUGGGUUUAGAUUAGUUCCUACUUUUUGUGCUGUCAUUAUUUGUGCCAUAUUUAUACAACACAAGUAGAAACUCAUUGCCACAUUUGACAAUGUUAUCUAAAAGUUUAUUAUGACACAACAACGUGGUUAGAUCUUUAUCUAGUCAGUAUUUGGCAGAGUUUAUUUAUUCCACUCUUCAGUAUAGACCAAUAAAAUGUUAACAUUUCUCAAUUAAGGUAUUAAUGUUUUUGUCUUGCUUUAUUCACUUUGUUAUGCAGGCUUAUCAGGUAACAGCAAGAAGCAGUAUGCCUAUUCUUCAUGCCCGGAAAUAAGGAAUUAGAGUUAUUUUUGAAUGUAAUCAAA